AUGUCUGCCUAUCUGCGAGCGGUCGGCCUGGACUUCAGUGAAAAGGUGGUGCGACAGAGGCCCACCUCCUCCAUUUCCUUCGUUGUUGCUCUCGAUCGAGUAAUCACUACUCCUCUUCUGACGCGAAUCAAGGUUGUAGAUAAGUGUUUAUUGGAACACUUUGUGAUGGAGCUGAAACUGUUGGAUCAUCUUUGUUUUGUAAAAAGUGUCUUCUGCCAUGAGCAUCCUGUCAUCACUCCUCGUGUCCUCGAUGCCCUCUUCGAUGAGCUUUCGAGUCCAGGAGAAGUUCGUAGUGUUUUUAAUGACACUAGAAGGUUUAAAGAUUUAAUUCCUGCUGAUCUUCUCAAUAUCAAGUUCCUGCGGCAGGAGAUGCAAAUCAACACUUCGUCGCCGUUUGACACCGGCUUUCAGCAUCUUCUGUUCUACUUCAAACAGCUUCCUACCGUCCAAAUGGCCGAUGAUGGUGAUUAUGGUAUGGACAGGGUAUUUAACAACCUCGUCUUGAUCUACAACGCACCCUGGCCGCUGAACAUUUGCUUGCAUGAUCGGGUGCUAGCCAAGUACAACACCAUCUUCUGUAUCUUGACUCGUGUGAAAUAUGCCAUUUGGGCGUUGGAAUCUGUCUUUCAUCUCCUUCGGAAUCAUCGUCGUGCGACCCCGACAACAAAGAGCGUUUACUUCCAGGCUUCGUUGUGGCGCCAUGAAAUGGAUCGGGUAGUGCGUGAUCUUGAUGCCUAUUUCUGUCUACAUGCUGUGCAAUCUAGUUGGAGGGUCUUCAUCAAGCGAAUUGGAGCUUUUGAACUCCUCCCCUCCCUGGAUGAACACUCCCAGCCCCCAGAAGAGCUGACGACUAUGAGGAGCCUUGAUGAGCUGUCUCAGGCUCAUGAAGAGUGUGUGGAUACUAUCAUUCACAGCUGUCUCAUGAACAUUGCGGAAGAUGGCCCAGGCAUCCAAGCUUCUUUAGCAGGUCUUCUCGAUUCUGUGCAUCGAUUCCGAAGGACGCUGCUGCUCACACAAGGUCAGGAGUAUGCUGCAUCUAAUCAACUGAAUGCAGUUGUCGACCAAUUUCGGUCACACUCUCACUCCCUCUAU